UGCAGCAGGAGCAUCGCUUCCGCUCGUGCUGAGAGAGCUGCUGUAGUGCGCGCGGUGCUCACCGAAGACAUGUUCACUCACUCCCGCUGUCUCACCCGCAGCUUCGGCCGCUCCAUCACCGCCCUGCGACAGGGUAACAGUGUUUUUGCAAGACGGACUACAUCAGGUAUAUCAGCUAGUCCGUGUGUCUCCUUCCAGUACAGUCUAAGAUGUGAGACCCGGUCAAGUGUCUGUCAAAUCAGAUACUUCAACACAACUGCAGCUCGCAGGAAUGAAGUUAUUACAGUUAACACACCGGCGUUUGCAGAGUCUGUCACAGAGGGAGACGUGAGGUGGGAGAAAGCUGUAGGAGACACUGUCUCUGAAGAUGAGGUUGUGUGUGAAAUUGAGACUGAUAAGACGUCGGUGCAGGUGCCCUCCCCCGCUGCAGGAGUAAUCGAAGAGCUGCUGGUUCCUGAUGGUGGGAAAGUAGAAGGAGGAACUCCUCUGUUCAGACUCAAGAAAGGCGCGGUAGCGGCUAAGACAGCGACAGCACCUCCUCCUGCAGCUGAAGUUCCUGCAUCAGCCGCUGCACCACCACCUCCUGCUGCUGCUGUCGGGCACAUCCCCACCUCAAUGCCCCCGGUGCCCCCUGUGCCAGGACAACCCAUCCAGUCCAAACCAGUUUCAGCCAUCAAACCCACUGCAGCUCCUGCAACUACGGCUGUAGACACUGGAGCCAAACCGGCCCGAUCAGAACACCGGGUGAAAAUGAACCGCAUGAGGCUGAGAAUCGCUCAGAGACUGAAGGAAGCUCAGACCACCUGUGCCAUGUUGACAACAUUCAAUGAAGUGGACAUGAGCAACAUAACAGAGAUGAGGACACAAUAUAAAGACGCUUUCCUGAAGAAACAUGGCAUUAAACUGGGCUUCAUGUCGGCAUUUGUUAAAGCUGCUGCAUAUGCCCUUACGGAUCAGCCUGCUGUUAAUGCUGUCAUUGAUGAUACAACCAAAGAGAUUGUGUAUCGAGAUUAUGUGGAUAUUAGUGUGGCAGUCGCUACACCAAAGGGUCUCGUGGUGCCGGUGAUUAGAAGUGUUGAAGGAAUGAACUUCGCUGACAUUGAGAAAACCAUUAAUGAACUUGGAGAAAAGGCUCGUAAGAAUGACCUGGCAGUGGAGGAUAUGGACGGCGGCACGUUUACCAUCAGUAACGGAGGGGUGUUUGGAUCGAUGUUUGGGACGCCGAUCAUCAACCCUCCACAGUCGGCCAUUCUGGGCAUGCACGGCAUUUUUGACAGGCCUGUGGCUGUUGGUGGGAAGGUUGAGAUCAGGCCGAUGAUGUAUGUGGCUCUGACGUACGACCACCGUUUGAUUGAUGGCAGAGAGGCGGUCACUUUCCUCCGAAAGAUCAAAUCCGUGGUGGAAGACCCUCGAGUGCUGCUGCUAGAUAUGUGAAGAGAGACGUGGAACAAACUUGAAUGAACGGAAGACUCUUUCUUCACCCAAAACGUUCUCAUCUCGCUUGAAUUGUUAUAAUCACACAAUGUCCCCCGUCUGCAUUUGAUUUCUGUUCAUAAACUAGGGAAAGACACGUCACUGUUAGAAUAAUGGAUGGACAGGCGUGAAUAGGUUGGGGUUUGCUUCGAUUAGCCUCGUGUUAAGUUUUAUCAUAUAUUGUCUGCUGGGGAUUCAGAAUAUAUUGGAGUUUCUCGCUGUCCUUAUUGCUUAAUUGUAUGUUUCAAUUCAGCGCACAGAAAAAAACGAAAUGGCAAAUGAAUUAUAGUUAUAUAAAGUAUAUCAUAUUUAAUCAGUGUAAAAAAAGAUCAGCAAAACAGAAACACUAUGUUCCAGUGAGUCAGUUACAGGUGUUUGUUUUUGUACACUUUUUAGCCACAUGAAGACCACAACAUGUCACGCACAACUGAACAGGUUCUGUCUACCCUGUGUAAAAAAGAUACUACAUACGGAGAACAAAGAUUUUAAAGAAUAAAUGAAUGAAA